AUCAUCAUUUUGAAUUUCGGACAAUCUGUACGCUGGCUGCAAAAAUGCAGUACGAGGAAAGUCCCGUAUCGUUGAAAAUUUUUCAAAAACCACCGACUUGCAUGACUUACAAUGAAAUUGAAUUUAACGAGUACACUGUACUUGGUUGA